CGGUUAUAGAUCGAGAGAUCUACCGAGUCAACCAAUUUACAAAGGAGGGGGCAGCGAAGCCGAUUUUUGUGAGAAUAUCCGACCCAUGUUUGGACACGGGAGAUGUUGGUUUACCUAUGAUACAAUUGGAUACGCAAGCUUAGUAUUUUUUUCUGGACCUCUUGGCGUACUAUUUGUCAUAAAUCUUGUGUUCUUUCUAUUAACGCUGAAUUAUUGUAACAAAGUCAAAAGAGAAAUAUUCAGAAUGCAGAGCUCAAAUACUGAGAAGCAUACGUUGAGAAGUCGGUUUUUUAUGGAUAAAACAAGAUUUAUUAUGAACACAAAGCUCUGCUUUGUAAUGGGAAUAACGUGGCUUUUGGAAAUCGCUAGCAUUUUGUUUUAUGAUCACAAAAAAAACUUUUUUUGGUCAAUUAGUGAUUCUUUCAAUGUUUUGCUGGGUGUCUUUGUUUUUAUAAUCUUCGUUUUUAAAAGACGUGUGUGGAGAGAAAUCACGCUAAAAAUAGGUUUGUGGUCAACUAACGAUCGUCGUGGAAACCGAGGUGCGACAUUUAUAACACAAUCAACAUGUGUAAAUCAAAGUAUAGCUAUGAAAAAACUUGGUGAUGUUAAUAGUGAAAACCCCCUUAUAGGACGAACGACUUAGAGACAAAAUGCCUUAAACCUUAUUCAGUAAAAUCAUACUAAUUUACAUAUUAUUUUCAAUAUAUUAUAUAUUAAAAUAAAUGAAAUGAGUGUAUUUUGUA